UACCAGUGGUAGAGAAUUGUUCCCCCCAAUUCAUGUUGCCUAUAAGCUAGCAGAUCAUACAUACGUGCAACCUUUGUUAAGAACAUAAAAGUCAUGCAAUUAUAAGUCCAUUAUGCUUUCAUUUCAAUCAGUGGCAGUUCCCAGUUUCUCACAAUAGAAUAAUUAGACUAUUGGCAUUGCCCUGCCCACCUCAUUGGCUCAUUAGCUCGACUGUUCCUUUUGAUGGACAGCUGAAUGGGUCUAUUCACAUCCCUGCCGACGGCUACACCCUUCCCUUGGUCACGUCUUUUGUAAUUGUUGUGCAGACGCCCAACACCUUGACGUCAUCAUCGUCGCAAUGCGAUGGACAUCCAACAACAAGCAGACGCCCACAGAUACUACGCACACAAGUCAUGUACAGUCAUCCCCAAGUCCUCAGACAACCUGAGCUCCAUUGCAACAUCAAGAGCAGUUCCUAAAAUCUGCAGGGAUUCUGUGCUUCAGUUGCAGAGAUUCUGUGCUUCAGCUGCAGGGAUUCUGUGCUUCAGUUGCAGGGAUUCUGUGCUUCAGUUGCAGGGAUUCUGUGCUUCAGUUGCAGGGAUUCUGUGCUUCAGUUGCAGGGAUUCUGUGCUUCAGUUGCAGGGAUUCUGUGCUUCAGUUGUAGGGAUUCUGUGCUUCGGUUGCAGGGAUCCUGUGCUUCAGUUGCAGGGAUUCUGUGCUUCAGUUGCAGGGAUUCUGUGCUUCAGUUGCAGGGAUUCUGUGCUUCAGUUGCAGGGAUUCUGUGCUUCAGUUGCAGGGAUUCUGUGCUUCAGUUGGUCCCAGAGGCUGCGGAUGACCAGAACCAGCUCCGGCAUGUUCAACAACAUCUCCGAGCCGUGGCUGCCCACAGCGGGAACACCUGCCCCCGAGUUCCAAACCUUAGUAUCCUGCUACCAGUGGUUCUCUCGGAACAAGACUCUAUCCGUCGCGCAAGUCGACGAAGUGUGCUCCCUGUACGAGGAUAUUGUGAGGCUGGGAACAGGCGGCGACCUCAUCUUUUGGCUAACAGGGCUUCUCAUCAUCAUAGGUAAUGCGGCUGUGCUCUGGGGAAUCAUUGGCACUCAGGAGCUCCGCACACCUCUCUACUUCUACUAUGCAAAUCUUGCCAUGUCGGACGUUUUGGCAGGAAUCGGGCUCCUGUAUCGCACUGCAGGGUAUGUAGGAUACAGUAGAAAUCUAUAUCUAUUCAUACUGAACUUUGUUAGCUUAAUGACGUUUUCUCAGAUUAUGUCUGCAUCAGCUCUAUCUGUUCUGUCGGUGAACAGCUAUGUUGGUCUGAUGUAUCCUGUAUUCUAUCGCAACCACAACAAAAACGGCAACACAAAACGUUUGGCUGGUUUAGUCCUGGCUGGCUCAUGGAUUGGCUAUUCUUUGCUUGUCUUUUCACCCAGUAUGGGUUGGAACUGUCUUCAAAUGGGGACCUUGACAAAUGGAAACUGCAUUGCAAAUUGCCCCGUUGCUUUCGUCGUCAUCUGCGUGUCUAUUCUGUUUCUGCUGUGCUGUAACAUGCUGUUCACGAACAUCAGUCUGUUCAUAGCUAUCAGGAAAAGAGAAAAGAGAAGGCUUGAACAGGCAACUUCUGACCAAAACAGAGAGGGUGGUACCCAGCAAAACAACGUUGCACAAGACAAGGCGCUCCAAAAGUUCCGAAAAAAUGUACACAAGGCAAGGACUGUCAUGAUCCACGUGGUGGUCUCCUUUGCUUGCUGGCUGUUGGCUGCUGUGCUUGUUGUACUAUGCGUGACGUGGCCAGACAUGUGUCCCAGUAAUCAGUCUUCAGUGUAUGCAGCCACGUGUUUGAACUCUGCAAUCAACCCCGUAGCGACGCUCAUCCGCACGCCGGAUUUGAGAAAAGCGAUCUGGCGAAAAUUGAGGGGUAUUUAUCGGGUAUUUGUCACACUGAUUCGAAGACUUGAAAACCGUAUGAUGCAGCAGGAAGAACUGCCUGGACAAGGAAACGCCCCAGAUCUGCAAGGAGACCAGGUAGAAAACAUACAAGACACAUGUUCUGCAGGAGAGCAUUCUGCUUCAGAAAACCGAGGCUGUGUGAUCCAGGCACAAGAAAACAUACAAGACACAUGUUCUGCAGGAGAGCAUUCUGCUUCAGAAAACCGAGGCUGUGCGAUCCAAGACAACCACAGGCUGGCAUGGCCAGCAAGACCUUCCCACCAGGAGCAGAGUAGAAAUCUCCCUCUAGGGGAAAAUGAAUGACACGAACUUUGUAAGAAUUUUCCAACCUAACAAAUGAACAAACCAUUGAAAUGAGAUGCUGAAGCUGCUCCAUAGUGGACAAGAAUGGCAAGUACAUGUCUG